AUGGGCCUGCUGGCAUUGGGCACUCCGCUCGAGUGGAAAGAUGCCAAGCAGCACGCCGAUCACGUGCGCUCCCACGGCAUAGAACAGUUCCUCAAGAUAUGGCACCGACUCAAGGAUCGUACGGGCGACAGUCUGCUCUGGGGUGAUGAGGUCCGUUCUUUGCUCGUGCUGCUGUGGGCGGCUAUCUUGCGCCGUGCUUGACUGUCGACGUUGGCCUAUGUUGGCGUGGGCGAGCUCCGUCGGCCGGCGCUUGACUUCUGCCGCCCGUGCUGGCCUCGCUCUCGCUGGGGCUCCGAUCGGGCCGAGGAAAAGCGGAGCGAUCGCGGUCAGCUGGCGAGUAGAGUACGCAACUGACACGCAUCCGAAUGGUCAUGCGGAUCGCUCCCAGAUCGAAUACAUGGUCGUCUCGUACGACGACGAGCACAAGAACGCGAGGCUGUCCCUGAGGCAGACCGAGAUUCUUGAAGAUCUUCAAGCCGAUGCGACCGAGCGACAGGCCCGAAUGCCCGGAACAGAGUGGGUCUACGAUCAUGCCCUGCGAGUGACGAUCGUAUCGAGGUGUUGAUGGGCUAAUAUAUCUACCGCAGAGCUUGCAUUCCCGUCUUCCACCCCGAAUAUGGCCGAUACAUGCUCGAGUCGACACCGGGCGCACCGUACGGGGCUACGCUCGAAGAUCUGCUCUCGGUCGAGGGCAACAUGCGGUUCAGGUAAGAGAAUCGUACGCAAGACUCGUCUUCAUGUCAUCGCCUAAUCUCUCAAACGUCAAAACGCAGACGAGUGCUGGCUAAAUCUCGAAUGAAGGCCAACGAGGUUCCCAUGACCCUGACCAGUUUCCCUCGACUCGGGGCCCCCGGCGUCUUCACCGACCCCUACUACCCGCCCGGAGGCGGCGUCUCACGAUCCUUGUUCUUGCCUGACGAAAUCACCAACCCGCACGUCCGAUUCCCCACCCUCACGGCCAACAUCCGGAGACGACGAGGCGCCAAAGUCGCCAUCAACAUGCCCAUAUACCACGAUACCAACACACCAAAGCCCUUCAUCGAUCCCAACAUCCCUUUCGAUCGGGAUAUCUGGCCCGAGGACAGAAACGCCAGGGAUGGGGCGGCCUUGCCCGAUCACAUCUACAUGGACGCGAUGGGGUUCGGGAUGGGGUGCUGCUGCUUGCAGAUCACGUUCCAGGCGUGCAGCGUCAGCGAGGCGAGGAGGAUGUACGACGCUUUCGUACCUGUGGGACCUAUAAUGGUCCGUUCUGCCAAGAUCGGGGGUUUCUGAAAUUGAUUGCUGAUGAUGAAACGGCCCGCACAGCUGGCCCUCACCGCCUCUUCGCCAAUCUUCCGGGGGCUGCUCGCGGACGUCGAUUGCCGGUGGGACGUGAUUGCGGGAAGUGUCGAUGACCGGACAGAGGAAGAGAGAGGGCUCAAGGUCAGUCCCCGUGAGAGCAGGUGGUGGACCGCCCACGAUCACUGCAUAUUGAUCUCCCUCCGCCUUUCUGCAGCCUCUGCGAGACGACCGAUUCGUGAUUCCUAAAUCGCGCUACGAUAGCGUCGAUUGCUACAUCUACGACUGCGACUCGAACCGACCCGAAUACAAUGACAACGACAUGCCGUACGACGAAGCGAUCAAAGAACGCCUGAUGGCCGACGGUGUCGAUCCCCUACUCUCGACCCAUUUCGCCCACCUCUUCAUCCGAGACCCGAUCGUCAUCUUUGAGGAAACGAUGAACCAGGAUGACGAAAGAUCGUCGGACCAUUUCGAGAACAUUCAAUCGACGAACUGGCAGACCGUGCGGUUCAAGCCGCCCCCACCUGGAUCGCCGAUCGGGUGGAGGGUCGAGUUCAGGUCCAUGGAGGUCCAGUUGACGGACUAUGAAAACGCUGCGCAUGCCGUGUUCAUCGUGCUCUUGACUAGGGCGAUCAUGCAGCUAGGACUGAACUUUUACAUCCCGAUCUCAAAGGUGGGUCCCGCGAUGGUCUAUCAGCGAGCUGCAUUCGGGACCUGAGCUGAGAGCGGCCGAGGGCUUCCACAGGUUGAUGAGAACAUGCACCGCGCGCACCGACGCGAUGCCGUGCACUCGCAAAAGUUUUACUUCCGAAAAAACCUCUUCUCCCCCGCCCCCGGUCAUGGAUGCUCUCCGGUACCGCCUUCGAACCCUUCUCACAUCAACGGGCUCAACAAGCACCUCAAAGAGAUGUCAUCGUCCUCGACGUCCUCCUCGAAUUCAACGUCGUCUUCCCGCGUCACUCCCAAUGGUGUUCCCACCGAUAUCGUCGAACAAACGUGCAGCUCGCACACGACCACACCUCGCUCCCAUUCGCCCGUAGGAGGCGAGACCCCCUCCUUCGGUCCCGUCGAAGACGAAUACGACGAAUUCACCAUCAACGAAAUCAUCAAUGGUUCCCCGUCGAAGAACUUUCCUGGUUUACUCGGCGUCGUGAGACGUUACCUCGAUGGAUUGA